AUUGUGGGUUUGGGUGGAGGAGUGACAAGACGUUACACGGGCUAGUUAAUGCACCAUCAAAUACAUUGUCUGGUGAAGUUAUUUUUGAGGAGAUCACUGGGCCAAGAUGAGUUUGCCCGCCGGUUUGUAUGACGCUUUCCGCGAAAAUGGUGCCCCAACCUACUAUGGACCCAACCAAACGGCAUUCAUGGCGGAUGUGCUGGAAGCGGGUUUUGUCUUUGCUUUCAUCAUCCUUGCCAUUUCGUUCUACGUUGUCCUACCAGGAAUCCGAGGCAAAGAGAGAAUCUUCGCUUUCAUUCGAAUAACGUUUUUUUUGUUCAUUGGAGCCGUGAUAAUGUUGGCCAACCUCUCAUAUGACUGGGAAGUAUCGGAAAUAAAGGACCUAACAGUGAAAUACAAAGCGGGAUCAAAGGCAGAUAUCCACGCAGAUGUGGCGGUCCACAUUGGACUCCGGGGGAUCAACAUAACGCUGAAAGGGCUGCCAGAGAUCCAGAAUGUUGACAAUCUUAAUGAAACCAUCAACUACAACGAACAUUUUGACUGGAGAUGGGAGCAGGGAAGGUUUGGUUUUGGUAUCUUUGCCGGGAGAUUCAAUCGUGAGUUUCGGGCGGCCCAAUUCCGAGGUUUACCUCUCCCAAUCCUUUGGAUAGCCGAGUACUUCACAUUUGAUGGAGAGGGAAUAAGAUGGGGUCGCCACUAUCGACAAGCGGGAUGGUACGCACACAUCAUGAUGUGGUUGGCCCUUCCAUUAUGGGUGCUGACUGUAAUAUUGUUCUACGUUCUCCUUCGGUACGGAGCUUGCAUGCUGAUGUUGACAGGAGCAGUCAUGGUAACAGCCAACAUUAUUUGGUCGUCCAUACGAAACUUUAAUGAAUUGGUCAUCCCUUUCACCGACACGAAGCAGCUUGCCUUUACAUAUGGUGGUUCGUAUUGGAUCAAUCUUAUUGUUGGAAUUCUCUGUAUCGUCCUGGGAAUCAUCAUCUACAUCAUGGACCUGCGAUUCCCAACAGCAAUCUCCUCAUUCUUUGGUGUUGAUGUCCUGCAAGAUCUGGAUGAAGUCCAGGAGGAAGACUUAGGAUUACAAAAGAGUGAUAAAGGCGGUAUGGAAAUGGACGAGAUGCCAAGUUCCUCUGCGAAUGGUCAUCGCCCCGCCCCAGCUGCCGCUACCGCAGCUGAAAGUGAUGAUGACGACGAUGAGAUAUAUGAACCUCCGAUGUUCCACGUACAACAGCAGCAGCAGAGGGAAGAGCUCUACCAAAAACGGAAAUCUCGAAAUCUGACCAAGAGAUGGCAGACUCCACGUCGGAGACCACCGCCUCCAAUUCCUGGAGAUGAUUCCCCGGAUGAGAUUUACGAAAACGCAGGAUUUAAUAGAGUGUAAACAGGCUUCAGGGCAGUGGAUACAUCUGGAUCUCGUGUCUGUUCCGGAACAAAUGGCCUUCUGAUUAGAGAAGACCCGUUCAGUUGGAUAUUUAUAACUUCAUUUUUACUUUCGAAUGGACUAAUGGUAAAGCACCGAUAUGCUGUGACGUCGAAGCGAAAUGAAAUAGUAACUACAGAAACAGGAAAAUGCUAUAACUGUCGAACAGUGGCUGCUCUCGCCAUCGUUUACCGUAAACGCCGUUAUUGCAAGCAUCACCAUUAUUUAUAUAUCGUUGCCUAAAUGGCGUAAAGUGUGUGUUGAUAGAAGCAAUCGUGUUCCCUGACGAUAUUGCAGAGCCAUACUUUAAUGUGACACGUCCAGUGGUUUAUCGUUUACAUUUUGCCAUAUAUCUUGAUAUAGCUAUGUGUUCUUUCAUAGAACAUUACCUUUUAUUUCAGUUAUCAUUAAAUACUGUUUAUCGCACAUUUAACAAUCCGAAUUCAUACUAAAAACUUUGUUAGCGUAUUUCUUUAUUAAUAUGUGAUGUAUUGAUUGCGUUAGUCCCACAUAAAUAAACAUA